AUGAGAUUGGAGAUUGCAGGGCAGCCUGAGCCUCAGCUGCCUCCUUGCAGUGACGAUGUUGCUAUCACUAAGCGGAAUAUGCUGAAAGAGACACGCCAGAAUAUCUCAGUAUGCGACUCAUACAUACCCGAGAUUGAAAACUUUCUCAAGGCUGUCGAGUCAAAGGGUAAGAACCCGCGGGUUACCGGCCUUCCUAGUUUUAUUCGUAAACUGCGAAAAGAGCAUGACAUCCUUAAACGGGUAGAGUCUGAGCUCGUUGACGAAGAACAAGACGAAAUUGGACUUGGUCUGUUAAAUAGGAAACUGGUAGCCAGCUCUACUAUUGUCAAGCACGGGGCAGUUCACUGGGAUAUCCUCAAGCGCUGCCGCUCUUUUCGCAUCGUCAACCAGGCGUUUCAGGGGUCGGCCAAAGAGGAUCGGAAGAAGCAAGUCUCGCGAAUCACUGGAGAUGGCAGAGACAAGCAACAGUUGAAUCGGACUUUAAAAGAGCAAGCCAAGGUGGAAGUUGAUGUGGUUGAGGGAGGAAGCGAGUGGCUGGAUAUUCGAUGGCUUCAGGCCGAUAGGCUGGCUCGGCAGAUGACGGAUUGCGGCUGGGGAUGGGGCGACUAUCAACUGGGAGACACCGUCGACCCUGAAGAGUGGGAAGAUACGCCUUUGGCUAAGCAGAUAAGGCGGCUGGUUGCUGCGGCCAGGAUAAACCGCCACGAAUAUCGCAUUCCCCGCCUGCGAAUCGUCUUUCCUAAUAUCACGAAAGGGGAGAAUGAAGAUGUCGAUGUGCUGUUGGAUCAGAUAAGCCGUCUCGACCCCCUGGUUGAAAUAACUAUCGAGGACAGCAGCAGCAUCUUCAUGAAAACACCAUCUCCUCCUCUCCAAGAUGCCAUCAGAAAUCUCAUAGGAGACGAGUUUGACGGCCUCUCACACAUUCUUAACAUGGAUCAUACCAUCCUCGUGGACCUCAUCUCCGACAUCACUCACUUCCAACUCCAACCACAGCCAUGGCAAGCUCAAACCACGCAGCUGCAAAUCGAAGAAGAAAGAAGACAGGGCGGCGUCAUGGUGCGCGCCCUGUAUCCAAUCUUACAAGGCCGCAACAUCGUCUGCACGCAAGAAGCAGCCGAACACUUCCACGAAGUCCUCAGCACCGUUGGAACGGCCACAGAAAGGGAGCGAGGGAGACUCUUGGUGCCGUAUGACGAUGAAACUCGCAGCAUGUCAAACGAGAAUAUCCGCAGCCGCUUUGAAGGACUCUCUACUCAUCCUCUUCCCCACAACGUCCAAGUUCCCAUACGGAUUCUGGAUGAAACAUGGACCAUGGCCACCGUUACGCAGGCUGUGAUAGACGGCCGUCUUCCCAGAGUUGCUCUUGAUGUUGCCCAGUGCGGUGCCUUCAAGAGCUCCAAGCUGAGCAUAUACAUGUACGGCUGGGCGACGGGCAACGUGACCAUCACGUCCAACAAGGAAGUUCGCGGCCAGAUCCGUACAUGGGUCGAGGCCAACAGGAGGGAUGACCAAGAACGUGGCCCGAUUAUUUGGCGUAUUGACGUUACAAGGAAUUUGCUGGCCAAAAGUGCCACUCCGCCAGCGACACUGAAGGCAGAGAACGGUUUAGGCGGAGACACAAUUACACGACAGAGAUGA